CUCCAGUCCAGUACGUGGCGGUAAUACAUGGAAAGGCUUGAUGCUUACUGCUAAAAAAAAUAUUACUAGAAGAAGGGGGAAAAAUUAACUCAUGGGCACGGAGAGUAAGCUUUAAAAAGUUAAUAUGGUAAAAAAGAGUUCAAGCAAAACCUUUUGUCCCGAUCAGCAAACGAACAUACGACAGUUAAGCAAGAAAAAAAAGGAAGCUGUGAAACCUAAACUAGCGGAGGAACAUUUGGAGCAGAUACCUUUCCGUCUGCGUGAAAUUAUGAAAAGCAAAGAGAAAAUGAAUCAGCGCUCCAGUAAACUGAAGAAAGUCAACAGAGCUCACACAUCCAAACUUCAGACAGACAAGUGUAAACAGGAAGAUAUUCCAGUUCCUCACUUUCGCAGAAGAAAGCAAGAAUCAGAGAGAGCUUACCUAAGGCGCAUGUCUCAGGAAACGCAGCAUGUUUUCUUCCUCACUAAAAACCAGGUGGAGAGACAGCCAGAGCAGGAACCUAAAGACAAAGAAACAAAGUCCAAAAAACAGAAGUCUGAAAAAAAGAAACUAGUUGGAAAAAAAAGAUUACAACGGCUGCAUAAAAAAAAGGUUGGGCGACAGGAGAGGAACAUGGAAAAAGACUUUUUUAUAGAUAAAAUGCAUUUUGGAGAGGUUGUCCUAGCACCUCCAUCACUGACUGCCAAACCAAGCACAGCUUCUGUAAAAUUUCAGAGGGCACCCAAGAGCCUUCUUCUGAAUUCUGUACUUGAACACACCAAAGUGUCGGCAGUUAAACCAUCCAUGGCAAGAGAAAGAAUCGUGAAAGAGGAACACGAGAGGGUGGUCCAGGCCUACCGCCGCCUAAAGAGGCAGACACAGGAGCAACAAGCAUGCCAGAAAGCAAGGAUAAAAAAACUCCUAAAUCCUCAGUGAUAUCCACUACAAUUGUUACAAAGGCUAGAAACAUGAAAUCAGCCGUUUACAUACAGUUGUAAAGGACAAAAAAAGAUCAAAAAUAUACACACCUUUUAAAUAUGUUGGUGAUAAAAUUACAUUUUGUGGCAUGACAUUCUAAUUUAUUGUUAUCAUGAUUAGCUACCUGAUCCUGAACAAUUUUUUAAUUAGGAACUUAAAAACAAUUGUGCAGCUUUCUGUUUAAUGCUGUAACUAAAUUUUGUGUUAUAUUGCAGGUUUUCUGCCUAAAAAUAAUAAACAACCACAAUUGUUGGUUUAUUGACUUUAUACUAAAUUAAAUGGGAUUAACAUUUUAGCUUUUAAACGUAACCAAGUGCAAGUAUUGUGCGGGCAUAGUGGUCAUAGCGGUCACCUGUCAGCUAGUGGUCAGCUGUGUAUAACAGUAUAAAAUUUUAUAUGUCUAUGUAUGUGUAUAUAUACUGUACAGUAUGUAUGUAUGUAUGUAAAUGCGCUAUGACCAACCUGUGCAACAUUUGCCACCCUCCUACCUUAAAUAAAGACCAAAAUGGA